GAAACGAAUACAACAAGAAAGCUUCAAUGAUCAGCAUUGUUAGGGCUUUUAUACUAAUUUUAAGGCAUAAGUAACUUCGUUAACUACUAGAGCAGAAAUGGCAUCGAGUUUGGAAGAUCCAACUCUCGAAAGACAUUUCAAAGGUCACAGAGAUACGGUGACAAGCGUUGAUUUUAAUCCAAACAUGAAACAGUUAGUAACUGGUUCUAUGGAUUCAAGUCUAAUGAUCUGGCAUUUUAAACCACACAUGCGAGCAUACAGAUUUGUUGGUCACAAGGAUGCUGUAUUAUCUGUGAAGUUUUCUCCAUCAGGACAUUUGAUUGCCUCAGCAUCAAGAGACAAAACUGUCCGGCUUUGGGUUCCGAGUGUAAAAGGUGAGAGCACAGUAUUCAAGGCCCACACGGCAACUGUAAGAAGUGUGGACUUCUCUGGUGAUGGACAGUCCCUUCUCACUGCAUCAGAUGAUAAAACAGUCAAGGUGUGGACAGUUCAUCGUCAGAAGUUUCAGUAUUCUCUGAAUGCUCACAUGAACUGGGUGAGAUGUGCAAGGUUUUCUCCUGAUGGGCGGAUGAUUGUGUCAGCAAGUGAUGAUAAGACAAUCAAGAUCUGGGACAGGACAAGCAAGGAGUGUGUUCACACCUUUUAUGAUCCAGGAGGCUAUGUGAACUCUGUACAAUUUCAUCCCAGUGGCACAUGCAUAGCAGCUGGAGGAACUGACAGUACAGUAAAGGUUUGGGAUAUAAGAAUGAACAAGCUGCUACAGCAUUACCAAGCACAUACAAAUGCUGUGAAUGCCGUUUCCUUUCAUCCGUCUGGAAAUUACCUUGUGUCAGCAUCUAGCGACACCACAUUAAAGAUAUUAGAUCUCAUGGAAGGACGACUGUUCUACACUCUCCAUGGCCAUCAGGGUCCUGCAACAUGUGUCACUUUCUCGCAAAAUGGUGAAUAUUUUGCCUCGGGAAGCUCAGAUGAACAGGUUAUGGUGUGGAAAACAAACUUUGACAAAGUGGACUACGAGGAAGUACUGCGUUCCCACAGAAAACGAGCAGCAUCCCCAUCAGUUCCGCCACCUCACAGCCAUGAUCCCCCACCAAGAACACCACCCAAAUCAACUGCACCAGAGGUGAGCCUAGGUCCGUUUGCUGCUCACAUCUGCCAAACUAUUAUACUUGAAACAUUUUUCCUUGCUCCUCAGAGACAAAGCAGGCUAGAUGAAGUAACUGGACGCAGAGGAGAGUCUGAUGGUCUUGGGGGCGUUCCAUCCAGUCAGCCUCCUCUAACUACACCACUGGAAAGAAGAGACAUACCACCACAGUUGAGCAUGACACUGGAACACAUUGUAGGACAGCUAGAUGUAUUAACACAGACAGUAUCAAUUUUGGAGCAAAGGCUGACGAUGACUGAGAAUAAACUACGAGAAUGCUUGGACAACCAACAGAAAAUAACUCUGCAGAUUAGACCUAAUGAGUAGCGUAAUUUUAAUAUCUGUCUCUUAAGUCCUAAAUAUUAAGACUUUCUGUUGAAUUUGCGCAAAAAAAAGCAGUUUUUCUUUUGGAAGUACUGCAUUUUUGGUCAUAGAUCUGUCAUCGGUUCAAAACAUCGUACAACGUUCGUUAACCAAUCAGGGAAAAGAUGCCUUUUUUUUCAACCAAUCAAGGGCAAAAACUAAAACCAAUCGUGACUUGGCCUGUUCCUGUUUUCCCACCCUUGGCAAAAGUUACAUGUUUUCCCGCCCUUGGCACCGGUCACAUGCUUUUCCCGCGCUGGGCACUGGUGACAUGUUUUUCUUACGAUUUCUGAUUGGUUUACUGCGUUGUUUCCGUUUGCUGUGAUUGGCCAGGUGCGAUUACCUUUGGGUUUAGCUAUAGUAUAACCGUCCGAACUAAAACUGGUUCGAAUUACAACCAUUUGCCUGAAUUCAUCCCAGGCAACUUUUGUAGAUAUAUUAUUUAAUGGAAUACCGCAAGGUGUCGGUUGAGUUUUCUGUGAAAAGACGUAACAAAUUUCCUCUAAAUGUAUGUGAUAAACACCUUUUAUAAACUAUAAACUACGUAGUGUACGUUUUUUUGUAGCAACGUUGCUGUAUGGGCCAAUAGUUAGCCUUAUUUUGUAAGUCAUGUGUGCGUACUUUCUCUGCUUCUUGUCAAUCUUCUUUACAAAGUCAUUUAGUUUUAAGACACUCCGACUAACUGAAUCGAUGAACAUAACUUCGAAAUGUUCUGGUGAGAUACAAUAGAACCUUUGAAAAGACGUGAUUUCUUGAACACCCUCCCUGUCGGUUGGAUUUCCGAACAUAAAAUGGCCGAAUUUAUACUAGAGACGAAUUAUCCGUCGCUGGACAUAUAUUAGAAGACAAUUUAUCCAUCCGAGACGAUUCCGUCUCAGACGAAUAAAUCGUCUGGGUAGAAAUCCGUUAACAAAUCCGAUUAAGUUCUUUUUACGGUUAUGUGGAAAUCUUUGAUAGUGAAAGAAACCAGAAGUGUAAUUGUUUAUGUCGGAAACAAUCUCGUUCCCAUGGGCCGCGAUCGUUUUGGUGACCAUAAAAAAUCGGGACCUUCAGGUGAAGUACGAAAGCCAGCCAGCAUUUGUCAACGGUUUGUCUCUCUGCGCAUGUUCAGGAAUCAUUUUUGAUCAGUUAACGAGGGCUCUGGCAACGAGAUUGAAUAGUUAAUUAACCGAAACGCGCGGGCCUUGGGGACAAGAUGGCGAAAACAACAUUUUAACAUGGAUGUACUUACAUCUUGAAGUUAGGCAAUGUAUGGAUGUUAUGUUAAGUUAAUAAAAAAAAGGAAAAGAAAUGCUCAGACGACUUUGCUACACUAGCAGCCUGAAUAAAAACCAAAAACUAAAAAGAACUUUAGUUGGUUAGCCAUAAUCGUUUCUAUAUCAAUGUAGCAGCUUGUGGUAUAGAGUCAUUGUCGAUCCUGAGACACAGCCCAUGACUCGUUUCCAGGCGUCCCUCCUUGGUUGGAGCGCAGUAACUGUGGUGUUGUGGGCACAGGGGGAGUGCUGGGGACCGGGGGGGGGCUCCCAUAUAGAAAGGAUGGGGUGCUCAUCGAAAAUUUUGAGAAGGAACUCGAAGAGGUACGGGCUUGAAAUUUUAAAACAACACAUUAUCUCCUGUCAUAUUUUUUUGACUCAAUACCCUAA